CGCAAGUUUAGCGUUUAUCACCCCAGAACGCGUGCUACUAUGGUCGCAAAGCAAUGAAAAAUUGGUUGUGAUUUUUCAUAUCUUCUUUAAAGCGCUGGAUGUUCCGCAAACUGUACGCUGGUGUUAUCCAUCAGUAAUCUCCGCCCGCGUCGCAUCCGCGCGCCGUGUUCCUUUCUCGUGGAUGAAAUCGAAGCCUUAUCACUCACUACCUCGAAAUUACAAUUAAGCGGUUUUUUUGAUCUCUUUAAUCUACUUUAAUUGAGGGAGCUAAAGGGGCUGUUGUGUGGGCGGCUCUUUGUGCCGCGGUUGUGGUGCGCCUCACUUCAACUUUAGGAAAAUUCCAUCAAGGCGGCGACUCAGUCAACAUUCUACAUUUCGCAUUCUAAUCGAUGUGAAACACUUGCUAGAUAACUACUCACUGAGCUGCCAGCUAUCAUAUCGUACUCUCUGACUAGUUGUUCCACACCCGCCGUUCAGUGUUAAAUCAGAUCAGUGUUACUAUACCCCAAAGGUGUGGAUGCGACAACAUUCUGAUCUGCUUCCAAAGGCUUACUGAAAUUUACCUUGCGUUGAUCUCUCAAGACGAGGUAGCCGUUUCUUCAAUAGGAGUCCAUCAACAUGCCUCCCAAGCGCGCUUCUACCCGGCGUGCCGGAGCAGUGACUCGGACCUCUGACCGUGGGACUCCUUCGUACAUCCCUAGCAUGUCAAGUCCAGAUGCGAGGAAUCCUGCCCUGCCUGAUAUACCGACCAAGCAAUCGUUCGCCUAUGGUUCAUCAACCACACCAAUUCUUCCCCGGGAGCUUGCGGCGAAGCCGAGGAUGAAUCUGGUUGAAAUGGCAAGCAAUAUUGAUGAAGGCCGCAGGGUCGCCCAAGAUCGAGACUUUGAUAGACCUCACAUGAACACACGCUCGCGAAGGCAAUCUGUUUCUGCAAGCUUAUCCCCUGUUCGGCGAAGCCGGCGUGAGCCAACUCCAGACCAGCUGCAGCUGCUCGAUUCGCUACGUGAAGCCACUAUGUCCCCUAAUCCUAAUGGUCAAGACCAUGCCGAGCAAUCUACUCCCACUCCCACUCCUCCUAUUCCACACACUCUGUCCACAGCAUCUAGUCCUGCUACCGAAUCUCUUACAAACCCCAAAUACCCUGUCUUGACUACCGACCAACUUUAUCCGUCGCCACUUCUGCGAUAUGGAUCGCCUGCUCGGAAUGCAGUCUCGCUGAGCUCACCCAAUUUUGCAACCUCUAUCGACAAUGAAUCAGUCAUCUCGUGGAACGUAGAACGUGAUAUCCAUGAAGAUAACCUGCAACGGACACGUCCGAAUGGGUAUCUUGAUGGAUCGCAUGGAAAGAAUAUUACAGCCCCUCCUCGCCGGUUUUCAGGGUUCGCAUUUGCCCAAGAGCCUAUUGAGGAAGUUGAUGAACCGACUACACAGCUCUCUAUAUCCAAAUCACGUUCUCCCGAGGCUGCGACAGCUGAUAUUCAGCCUAAGCCUGAACCGCUGUCAGAGUCUGAAAUGGUGCCAUCACCCGAGUCCACGCCCUCGCCCGAACCUGAACCUGAACCUGAACGCGAGCGCGAGCGUGAGCGUGAGCCCACGCCCCCUCGUGCUCCCACUCCAGCGUCCAGAAUCUCAUCAAAAGCAGAGCUUUCUUCGGCCCCCACUAGGACAAUCAUUCCCAGCAACCCUAUCCGGGAGACUUCAUUUGAUGAGAGCACAUAUGAGAGCACGUCCCCAUUACGAGAACGUGUCAAAAGCAAUGUGCGCUCAGUGGGGAAUGCAGCAAUUGGUUUCCAGAAAGGCUUGCCUAUCAGAGCAAUCAUUCUGGCGGUACUAACAGCAGCAUUCAUUUUCACCGCAUGCUUUUUUGGCGACCAAAUCUCCAGAAUUUCCUCCGGUAUCGGCUCGCGCCUUCCAUUAUACGGAGGCCCCUUUCGCGAUUUGAAUGCAACUGCAUUGCAAGCAGUCCACGGUCUUUCUAACCAGGUGGUACGACUUGGAGAGGAAGUGUCCUCGCUGUCUAAGGAGGUGGAUGUCAUUAAAUCCGAGGUUGAACAUAUACCUGUCCCCUCCACUAUUGUCCAACCAAUACCAGCUCAACAGGAGACGCCGAAAAUCAAUUUUCUAUCUAUAGGCAUGGGCGUUCUUGUCGAUCCGUACAACACCAGCCCCACAUCUGGACGUUCUGCGGGCUUCCUCCAGAAACUCCAGUCUCAAUUUUGGUCUGGAGACUUGCAGCCACAGCCGGAGCCUCCCCUUGCAGCUUUGACCCCCUGGCAGGACGUGGGAGAAUGUUGGUGCAGCAAGCCUCGCUCUGGUAUGUCUCAGCUUGCACUGCACCUGGGACGUGACAUUGUACCAGAGGAGGUGGUUGUAGAACACAUACCGAAAGGGGCAAGCAUCCGGCCAGAAGUUGCACCUCGGGAUAUGGAGCUAUGGGCUCAAUUCCAGAUCGUCGAUGAAUCGAACCCUGACUCGUCUUCUUACCCUCCUAUUCCCCCUCGCAAAUCUGGGAUGUUAUCUGAGCAGUCUUCUCUCCACGACCACAUCAUUGAUACCCUGAGGUUGGCAUACAAAGGUGAAGCCGAGGGUGCAUACUCGAACGACGAACUCCUAGGGCCUUCGUUCUAUCGCGUCGGACAGUGGACUUACGAUCUAAAUUCCUCGAACCACAUUCAAAAGUUCGAGUUAGACGCUAUCAUUGAUGUUCCAGCGAUCCGGGUGAACAAAGUCGCUUUCCGGGUCAAGUCAAAUUGGGGCGGAAACGAUACAUGUCUGUAUCGGUUGAAGCUAUACGGCCACAUAUAGGCGACUAAGCCUACAUUCAGAAAUUGUUAUGUUCCUUUUCCUUUUUUUCGUCUUGAUAAGAGGUGCUUCGCUCUGAGAGGGGGAAAGCGGUGUUAUGGCGCCCGCCAGUUCCGCGUUGCAUUCCUGGGUUUGUUCACUAUGAUUUGAAAUUCGACUCCAUCAUGCAGUUUGGUCUGGGACAUGAUACCCAGUUGCACAAUUCGCUUACUUUGAUAUAUCUACUCAUUCUUUGGAUGCAUGGCACAGCAUGGAAGGGGCGUUACGGUCUAAUUCGAGAUAUCCAGCUCAAUUCUUAGUAUCUGCAUUUUAGUACAGCCCCACCCGAGAUAUUCU